AGUUGAAGAUGGCAGAGCGUGAAAGCACAGUGAUAAACACCGAUGUGAACCAGAAAGACCCCAGCGAGGCACUGGUCAUCGCCGUGACCACCAGAGCCAUCUUCAACCUGGAGGAGGAACACAAGCUCUACCUGGAGAAGGGCAAGGAGGAGUACGCAAGGCACCAGAAGGACAACCAGGACAAGCCCCUGCCGCCAGGCACAGCCUUCGCCUUCAUCCAGGCAGCGCAGUAUGUGAACAAGAAGAUCCUGGAGAGCAACCCAGAAGAGAAGGACCUCAUCGACAUCCUGGUGCUCUCUAACAACAGCCCAGAGAGCGGUGUGCGUAUUGUCAACAGCGUCAAGCACUACGGCCUGGAGAUCUCCAAGUUCUGCUUCGUCAGCGAUGAGGACUCCACAGCAUACCUGAAGUCCCACGGGGUCAAGCUCUUCCUCUCAGCUGACAGGACAGACGUCUGCAAUGCCCUCCGGAGAGGGGUCUCAGCAGCACUCGUCUUCCAGCAAGAGGUGCGGGCCCCCAGCACCCAACUCCGUGUGGUGUUUGAUGGGGAUGCUGUGCUCUUCUCCGAUGAGACGGACCAGGUCUUCCAGGAGCAUGGGCUGGAAGGAGCAGUGCAGUACGAGCGGGCGAUGGAGGCCGUGCCCAUGGGAGAGGGUCCCCUGAAGGCUUUUGCCAUGCACCUUGGGAAGAUACGCAAGAAAUUCAGCCAGGAAAAAUCCCCCAUCCGCACCUACCUGGUGACCGCCCGCAGCGGCCGGGACAUGGGCAUCCGAGCCAUCAAGACGCUCCGGGAAUGGGGUCUGGCCAUUGAUGAGGCUUUCUUCAUGGAUGGGGCUCCCAAGGGCCCUAUCCUCACCCAGAUCCAGCCCCAUAUUUUCUUUGAUGAUGGGCUUCAUAACAUCCAGGGGGCUCAAAAUGUGGGUAUACCCUCUGCCUGGGUCCCCUCCUGCUGA